GCCAGUAACACUACAGAAUGCAAAAAGUCCGGGUUAUCCGAUAUUUUUAGACUAUAAUAGCUACGAGUGCGUUUUGGCCGCUUGUCUUCGGUAACGAGCAUUGAUCUGUGGACAUAUGCGGGUUGGAGAUGUGUUUCUAGUGCUGUUUCUACUGCAUUGAACAGACUUUAUCCGCUUGAUUUGUGCGCGAGUGGGAGAGCAGGCCUAGCCGGCUGGCUAAAAAACAAGCGGACGUUUAGCUAGUCGCCAGAGUUGAAAGGGAAUAUGUAACAUAAAACAGCCACCAUGACAUCUAGAUUCGGUAAAACAUACAACCGCAAGGGCGGGGAGGCCAAUUCGAAGUUUGAAGAGGUCUUCUCCAAUAAAAAGCCCACACUGACCACCAAAUGGGGGGAGACCACCUACAAGGCUCAGUUGGGGGCCAAAAGGCCUCUGCUAAAACCUGAUGUGUCUGAGCUUCCCAAGAGGCCCAGGCUUGAGGAUAGUGACAGUGAAGAAGACCCAUUUGGGUUUGACAGUGAUGAUGAGUCGAAAGUCAGUGAUGGUGAUGAGACGAAGACAGCUGCAGUGCAGGACGGUGGAACAUCCACAAUUGUGACUUCUGCACAGGGCUCUGCAAGCUCAACAGCCAAGUUCGCAAGCAAGGAAACAUCUGAAGUCAAGGUUGUUAAAAAUAACCUACCCUGGUUCAAAAGUACAUCAGAUAGCAACCAAAAACCUGCAUGCGUGGCCUCUUUGUCAAACACAGUCCCCUCUGAUGCUCAGGACUCCUCGGCGUCACAGAGGUCCAUCUCCUCCUCCCCUAAUAUAGACACCACCCUUCAACUGUCCACUGAUGCACCAGGUGGUAGCAGAGACUUCCUGUCCUCUUCCUCUUAUGAUGGGCUGCCGUCAGAAGAGAUGAAAAGUGCUGAGCUGGAGCCUCCACCAGAACCAGUGGACAACAUCCCUCCUUCCCCAUUUACCCUAAGGGCCUCAAACUGCAAGAAAUACCAGCGGCCUGGCAGGCCUAACAAAAUGUCCUCUGAACCUUCUGAUAACAGCAACAAGCCCACUGAAACAGCGAGUGCCCAAGAUAAACCCAACAGUGUCCUUUCUGCUAGUGCUAGUAGUACUGCUGCCAAUGUUAAAACAGCAGCCAAGCCCGCAGGCAGGGGCGGUGGAAGGGUACGGGACUACACAGUUCUGCACCCUUCCUGUCUGUCGGUGUGCAAUGUCACCAUCCAGGACUCAAUAGAGCGGAGCAUUGAUGAACUGGUCACCCCAGCUGCCCCUGCUGACCUUGGAGAAGCAGGACAGAUGAAGAAGAAGUCAGAUGCUCCCCCACCCAAACCGACCAGGUUCAGACCCACCCAGACAAAGACCAAGAAGACCAAGACUGAGACCAAGCUAGAGUUUUUUGGCUUUGAGGACAAAGAGGACCAGGAAGGCGAGGAGGGUCCAGAAGGUGGCAUGGCGGGCAAGAGCAGCUACAAGAUCAAGUACUUUGGCUUUGAUGACCUGAGCGAGAGUGACAGCGAUGAGGAGAGCUCUCAAGCCAAAGAGAAGAAGGCCAAAAAGGCAGCCGCAGCCUUAGCUGCUCUGAGCUCCAGUGUGGACAGCCCGCAUACGAGUGACUCUCAGGACAGCCAGGCCAGCAGCAACACAGAUGCUUUUGACUUCUCUGAUGACUCCAGUCCUGGCGGCACUGAUUUGCAGAAAGGACGCUCAGGAAAGCCAAGUGAUAAAUCCAAGGACAUUGGCAGUGGAUUCAAAAAGAUCUUCAGUGGACCCAAGAAGUCCCCUGCUAAAGCUGUGUACAAUGCUCGCCACUGGAACCAACCCGAGCCUGAGGAGAUUCCUGUGCCUCCACUUUCUCGAUCUCAAACUGCUCCGGCCAUUUUAUCGAGCAGCAGCAAGGACAACAACUCCCACAAAGAUGAUGGUUUGUUCAAAGCUCCUCCACCGCCGCCCAAAGUCAUUAAGUCAGAGACCAUCCCCACACGACUCAACCAGGAUAUUGUCACGGCCCUCAAAUGCAGGAAGGAGCACAAGGAGCUGUACACGGUGGUGCAGCAUGUGAAGCACUUCAAUGACGUGGUGGAGUUUGGCGAGAAUCAAGAGUUCACAGAUGAUUUUGAGUACCUGGAGACAGGGCUGAAGAGCAGCCAGCCACUCAACACAAGAUGCCUUAGUAUAAUCAGCUUGGCCACACGGUGUGCCAUGCCCAGUUUCAGGAUGCACCUGCGGGCCCGAGGGAAAGUGGCACAGGUCUUCAAAAUGCUCAGUGAUGCUCCUCAACACCCGAACCUCGCUCUGUGCACGGCUGCCCUGAUGUACAUUCUGAGUCGAGAUCGUCUUAACAUGGAUCUGGACAGAGCCUGCCUGGAGCUUAUGAUCAAGCUGCUGGAGUUGGACCAGGACUACUCGGCCCACCAGGAUCAGCUCACUGCAAAGGAGGUGGAAAAGGUCAAGGAGAAAAUCAGGAAGCUGUGUGAGACCGUGCACAACAAGCACCUCGACUUGGAGAACAUCACGACGGGCCACCUUGCCAUGGAGACAUUGCUCUCGCUAACCUCUAAGAGAGCUGGGGACUGGUUCAAAGAAGAACUGCGGCUACUGGGAGGUUUGGACCAUAUUGUAGACAAAGUGAAAGAGUGUGUGCAGAACCUGAGCCAAGAGGACGACAAGGAGAACCUCGUGGCGUCUUUAUGGGGGGCUGAGAGGUGUCUGAGAGUGCUUGAAAGUGUGACAGUGCAGAACCCAGAAAACCAGGGUUACUUGAUUGCCUACAAAGACUCACAACUCAUUGUCUCCUCUGCCAGAGCUUUGCGUUACUGCGAGGAUAUGAUCCAGCGGUACAGCAGGGCGUUAAACAACAGCUCUCUGUCGUUGUCGGGUGCAGCGUUGCCCCACUGCAGCUUCAGUAACGUGGGCAAGGCGGUGGAGGACUGCAUGAGGGCUGUCAUAGGAGUGCUGCUCAACCUUACCCAUGACAAUGAGUGGGGAAGUACUAAGACAGGUGAGCAGGAGCAGCUAAUAGUAAGUGCUCUGAAUUGCGUCCUUCGAGUUCCGCGCUACAUUCCCCAGGAGCAGCGCUUUGACGUGCGAGUACUGGGUCUUGGUCUACUAAUUAACCUUGUGGAGUACAGCUCCAGAAACCGCCACGGCCUGGUUGACAUGGAGUACAGUGUCGACGACACCUGUCUGGAAGACAGCCUGAUGCAGCCUGCUGACCCAACACAAUCUGACACGGUUGCAACGUCAGCGUCAGCACCGCCGAGCACAGCUGAGACUCAGGGAGACGGGGAUGACAAGCCCAAGUCCUCCGGUGCUUUGGCUGCCCUGGUGAAGCUCUUCCUGGAGAGGGAGCGAGCUGCCAUCCUGGCCGAGGCUAAAACUGACGACCUCAUCAGCGAGGCGCCCAAGCCGGCACUGGACCAAAGUGGAGAGUGGCAGGAGACGUCAGGAGAGAUCCAGUGGGUGGCAGCCGAAACCAACGACAGCCAAACUGAGAAGAAAGACGGUGAAAAGAAAGAGGAGGAGGAUGAAGAGUUGGACCUAAAUAAAGCUCUGCAGCAUGCAGGCAAGCAUAUGGAGGACAGCAUUGUUGCCUCCUACACUGCUCUGCUGCUGGGCUGCCUCUGCCAGGGCAGCCAGAUAAAUGUGACUACUGUGAGAAAGCAUCUACCUAAAGGGGAUUUCUCCAUCAUGACAGAAAUGCUGAAGAAGUUCUUGAGUUUCAUGAACCUCACUUGUGCAAUGGGCACCACAGGACAGAAGUCCAUCUCGCGGGUCAUCGAAUACCUGGAGCACUGUUAACAGACAGCCAGACGGUGAACUCACACUCUGCACAUUAAAGGGAUCCCAAGCUAUUCUGGUGCCCCCCCCCCCCCCCCCCCCCCCCCCCACCUGACAGGAGCUGCAAGGGGUCAUCAGAGACUCGGCAGCAUUCCCUUGAUACACCAGAUCACCGGAUGCUGUGAUCACUCUGAAUUUCACAGAUAAAGGUGUACGCUGAUGUGUGUGUGUGUGUGUUAGUGAACACACAAAUAGAAAAGUUUCACUCCCUUUCUGGAGCACAUCCUGAACCAAAGCCCUGCUAGCUGACGGACAUGCAGUUCCUUCAGUUCCACUCAACUAACGCCACAUUCAGAGUCCGAUCGAGAUCCAUCCUCAGGUUACUGGGAAUCGGGCAGAGGUCAACUUUCAAAACCCUCAGUGGAAUGUCCCACAGGACGAUCUCUUCUGGAAAUGUCCUCAAUAGGUUCGAUAGCUCCUGUCUGCUGUCUGGUCUCGAUUCCCGGUCGCUUAGCUGGAGUGUGAACCUCUGAAUCAAAUUUUAUGGAUCAUUACAUUUUAGUCUCUACACAUCCACAUCAAAGCCAAGGGUGAAAUCAUUGAUCAGCAUGAAAAAGCAAUCAUUUUUAUGGAUGUUAGAAUGAUGUCUCUAUGUGUAAACUUGUGUGGAAUGAAUUUUGAAUGCAUACAUCCAUUUACUUACAUGUUUGCAGUUGGCUUGAAUGUUUAAGGGAAAGAGUAUUUUUAAGCUUUGAUUUUUAUGUUCUUAUUGUGCCCGUUAAUUUAGCAAACUGCGAUUUAGCAACUUGCGUAGACGUUCUCAUGUUUUUAGUUUUUUUUCGUUCUUGAGGGCAUUCUAAAAAAACAAACAAAAAAAAACAAGUUAUGAAUUACUUUUUAAA